AUGAGUAAUCAAGAUGAUAAUGAGGAUUUGUCUCAUUACAACUCUCCAAGACAAAAAAGUAGUAGCAAAUUAUCUUCCAAUUCUUCUCAGCAUAGUCAUAGUAGAUCUUCUUCUAAUUCCUCUAAGCAGCUUCAUGAUGGAUCCUGUUCAAAUUCUUCUGAACAAGAAGAAUAUACUAGUAAUUCUAGUAAUGAUUCUUUACAAAAAUAUAGUAAUAGUUUUCAUAAAAAAAAAGAUAGAAAGCAUAAAUCCCAUCAUAAUUCUUCUAAAAACCAAUCUAAAUCCUAUUCUUCUAAGCAAAUCUAUAAUAAAUCUCAUUCUAAUUCCUUCCAACAAGAAGAAUAUGCUAAUAUUUCUAGCAAUUAUUAUUUACAAGAAGAGAAUAAUAGCAGUUCUCAUAAAAGAAAGUGGCAUAGAUCUUCUUCCUUACAACAAAAUAGUAACAAGUAUCAUAAAUCUCCUUCUAAACGACAAAGAUAUAGUAGAUCUCAAAAAAAUAAACAACAAAUUUAUAAAUCUCAUACAUCUGAAGUAUCUAAAUUUAAAACUUCUCAAAUUCAAACAUCUCAAGUAUCUCAAACUCAGACAUCUCAAAAUAGGUCUUAUUUUCAUUCAGCUACAUCAUAUAAAG